AUGGAUGACGCUAUUAAUGAUUUUGACAUUGAUGUUAUGCUAGACGCAAAUGAACGCAGUAUGAAUGACAGAUUAGUGGCUGAAGACAAUAUUGAUGAUAAUAGAAACGAAGUGUUACCGGACUUUGAUGAUCGUGAGCCUGAUGUAAGCAUAAACGGUGACGUGCUGGAGAAUGACGUAGAAAGUGUACAAGAUGAUGACGGACAGGAUGACGUAGAACUUGUGCAGGAUGAUGACGUACGGGAUGAUGUAGAAAGUGUGCAGGAUGAGGUAGAAAGUGUGCAGGAUGAUGAUAUGCAGGAUGAGGUAGAAAGGUUGCAGAGUGAUGAUGUACACGAUGACGUAGAAAGUGUGCAGGAUGAUGACAUGCAGAAUGACAUAGAAAGUGUGCAAGAUGAUGAUGUACAUGAUGACAUUAAAAGUGUGCAGGAUGAUGACGUGCAGGGUGAUGACGUUUUUAAUGUACACGAUGAUGACGUCGAUAGUGUUACAUCAUUUGACAUAGACAAUGUCCAAGAUAUUAGAAGAGUAGCUCUCUACCAAAGUAUAACAUAG